GGUGGAAAGAAAGCAGAUGGCCUUUCUAACACAGACUAGCCAAGUCCUGGGCACUGGACAUUCCCGGAAAGCUCAGCGCAUGAAGGUCUCCAUGGAAACGUCUGUCACGGCCACAUUGAAAGGGUAAGAAGUGAACGCUCUUAGUAGGUUCCGCAGUAGAGACACCAGAGGACUGAGGGGACGGGAGGAGUCUAGACGGUGGAAGACAACAAAGACUCUUCAGUAUGUUCCAGAGAGGAGGUCACCCAUGAACAACAACCAUGGAGGGGAACAUGAUUACAACAGCGGGGACCGGAACCGGAGCUCACUCUGUAACCAUGGUAACAGGUCCCACUGGCACCCCGGACCUCCAGGUUCUGACCCACAGAGUGAAGCUUCUAGAGCACAGCCUGAGAGACAACGUCAGCUCCUUCACUGAGUCUGAGAGCGCUCUGCACAGCAGGAUUAGAGAGUUGGAGGUGUCAGAACAGAGCCUGCUACAGAAGGUGGAGGACCUUACUUCCAACUCAGUCCUCCACUGCCCCAGCAUGCUGCAGCGCCAGAGGCUGGAUGAGCGGCUCCACACGCUGAGGGAGGAGGUACGCUCCAUGUCCCAGGAGAAGGAGCGUGGGGAUCGUGUGUGGAGGGAGAGGCUGCGGCGCUGCCAGGCCCAGCUCAGGGCUAAAGAAGAGGAGAUGGGCCGCCAGUCUCAGUACUUUGAGCACUUUAAGAGCCAGCUGCACCACAAGCUAGGCCUGGCCAGAGACAGAGAGCAGGGCCUGCAGACCAGACUCCACCAGCUGGAGCGACCGGUGCUGGAGAUGAACGUAUCUGCUGCCACCUACAUAGCCCCUGUCAACACAGCUAGCACCAACUCCGUUACUGCAGACAAUGUCAAGUCCGUCAUGGUACCAACCUCAGGCCAACAGAGAACAGAGACAAAGAGACUGCCCCACCCAAGGGAGGAAGGAGAAGGAGAGGAGGAGGACGGUGAGGAGAAGACACAGCGGAGACACUACGGACAACAGCUCCAGCAGAAGCAGGGAGCGGAUGAUAGAGAAAUAGAGGGAGAAAGAGAGGGGGAGGAAGGGGAAGAUGGUGAGAGUCUGGGGGGUGAGGCUAGACUGAGAAGCUUCAUCCUCAGCCUCCAGGAGGACCUCAGGGUUCUGCUGGAGAGGGAGGAGCAGGGGCUGGCGGAGCAGAGGGGGCUGAUGGAACAGUUGGAGGAAGCGCAGGAGAACAACCACUUCUUGUCCUGUACGUUGGAGGAGAUGAAGACGGUGGUCCACAGACUGAAGCUGACAGAGAGCUCCCUGAUGGAGGAGGUGGAGGAGCUGCAAGAGGAGAACCAGAGACUGUGUCAGAGGCUCAGCCACACUCUGAGACAGACCAACCACAGCCUGGGUUCUACUGACCCCAGCCCUGUCUCUACACCCAGCCUGGCUACCUCCCUGCCAAACACCCCUGACCUGGGUCAACCAGUUCCCUGCUCUGUGAACAACACUAACCCGGUGAAGAUGAUCCCAGGCCAGGCUUCACUAGACACACACCCCUCUGCUCAACACCAUGGAGCAACAGAGAGGUCGCAGGAAAACUCCACUCUGCCUCUGCCCCAGCCGGACCUCCUGAACCUCUCAGGCCACCGUAGCCAGAACCCCGGCCUCAUAUCCCUGGGUACUAAGAGCGUUGAGGGUCUGGGGGAGUUGACCCUGAGGGACUGGUGUCCUGGUCCUGGGGGCUUCCCCUCUCUCAACCUGGAGGAGGGGACAAGCGAGGAGACUGAGGCCCUGAAAGAGGCUUACAGGAGCAUGGGGGGCGACAUGGACUCACUCCGGGACCACAGGGACCAGCUGGAGAGCACUCUACGACACACACAGGACCAGCUGCACAGGGUGACCGAGGAGAACGCCCGACUGAAAUGUAAACUCAGGGCGCAGGGAGAAACAGGGGCCUACGAGGUGGAGCAGGGGUCCUCGCUUGUAGGCGAGAGCAUGACAAAUGUCCAGGAAAACAAGGUGUCAACUCCAAACCUCAUACCCCAGACUUGCAGAGAUCUCACUGCAACUCCAUAUCAGAAUGAUACUAUCCUAGCCUUAGCCCAGGAUGACCUGUCCCUGUAUGCCUUAGCCCAAGAUGACCUAGCCCUAGCCUUGAACCAGGAGAACCGGGCCCUGGGCAGGCGUAUCCAGGAGCUCCUAGCCCACAUAGAGAGCCAGGAGGGGGAGAGUGAGAGGGAGCUAGUCCAGCUCAGGCUGCAAGUGUCCCUGCUAGAGAGGGAGAGCACCAGGCUGGAGCAGGAGAACGUGGAGCAGGGAGGUCUCAUCACUGAGCUGACCAAGAAGACUGAGGAUGACCUCAACACUAUCAUAGAGCUGCAGGAAAGACGGGUCGAGAGCGGUCAGCUAGGCCUACAGCAGGGUGACAGUGGUUUGACCACUGAGUCAGAGUCAGAGUGCGGUCAACAGGGUGAGCAUGCGGUCGGCUCAGUGCACGCUCAACAGGGUCAACCCACAGUAGGGGUUGUGACCAGUUUACAAGGUGAUCAGACGCCAGGGUCAGUGAAUAGUGGUGUACCACAGGUUGACCACACGGUUGAGUCAGUGUGUAGUCAGCAGGAGGACCGUUUGACCACGGAGUCAACGUGCAGGCUUAGAGAGAAGAGGGACGAGCUGAUUGGCUAUCUCAGUGAUCUCAAAGAGGAAAGAGAACAGGUAGCCCUCUCACUUAGCAGUCAGACAGAGGAGAAACACCAGCUAACACGCUCCAUGUGGGUUCUGAAAGAAGAACGCGACCAGAUCCAUAAGUCACUCUGCGGUUUAAAAGAGGAGAGAGACCAGCUGACAAGGUCCCUCUGUGGUCUGAAAGAUGAGAGAGACAAGGUGACGCGGUCAAUGUGUGGUUUAAAAGAGGAGAGAGACCAGCUAGUUCAGUCAAUGUUUGGACUCCAGGAGGAGAGAGACCAGCCAGUUCAGUCAAUGUCUGGACUCCAGGAGGAGAGAGACCAGCUAGUUCAGUCAAUGUCUGGACUCCAGGAGGAGAGAGACCAGCUAGUUCAGUCAAUGUCUGGACUCCAGGAGGAGAGAGACCAGCUAAUUCAGUCAAUGUCUGGACUCCAGGAGGAGAGAGACCAGCUAGUUCAGUCAAUGUCUAGACUCCAGGAGGAGAGAGACCAGCUAGUUCAGUCAAUGUCUGGACUCCAGGAGGAGAGAGACCAGCUAGUUCAGUCAAUGUCUGGACUCCAGGAGGAGAGAGACCAGCUAGUUCAGUCAAUGUCUGGACUCCAGGAGGAGAGAGACAAGCUCUCGCAGUCUCUCUUCGGCCAAAAAGAUGAGAGAGACCAGUUGAUGCAGUCAAUGUGUGGUUUAAAGGGACAGAGAUACCAGCUAACACAGACACUCAGCCGUCUAGAGCAGGAAAGAGACAAGCUGUCAUCUCUCAGCCUUCAAACACGGGAGCGGUACCAGGUGGACCAGUUUGUCUCUGAUCUAAAAGAAGAGAAAGAGCAGCUAGUUCAGUCAAUGGAUGUUCUGAGAGAACAGAGAGAACAGCUCACAGAGGAGAGAGACCAGUUGCAGAUGGACGUCGCUACUCUACGGUAUCAGCUGCUGUUACAGGGGCGGAGCCACAACCAGCAGCCCUCAGAGAACCACGUUGGCAAGGCAACACGCACAAAGGUUGUGGCUACAGCGAGAGGGGGUCAGAUGCCAAAAAUGCAUGAUGAUGGUGAUGUCACUCAUAGAUGUCUGGCCACGGUCUACUCCUACAAGACCAUCCGUUUGGCACAGUCUGCACAGGACCACUUGGGAGAGAAGGAGGGAACAGAUAUGGAGCAGAGUGAACUGAUGAGGGAGAUCGAGUCGCUGGGGUUAGAACUCAGAAGCUCACGAGAGGUACUGAAGAAGACCCAAUCAGAGGCUCAAAGGUGGUACCGUGAGCUGGGUGUGUCUGAGGUCAGACGAGAGGAGGCUGAGAAGAGGGCGGGAAAGGCAGCCAAUGAGGUGAAGGGGAUGAGAGAGGAAACCAAGGAGGUGGAGAAGACAAAGAGGGAAAACCACACACUGAGAGCAGAGUUGGGAGAGGUGAAGAGCAGACUAUUGUGUCUGGAGAGAGAGAAGACCGAUGCUCACUCACUGAGGAUCAAGAUCCAAGAGAAGUUCAGCUUGCUUCAGGCUGAACUCAAAGCCAAGAGUGUUGCUCUGAAGGAGCUGAGUUCAGAGUACACAUCUCUGAAGGGAGAGCAGGGCAGCAGAGAGGACUGGAGCAACACACUCACCUUACUGAGGGUGCGCUAUGAUGACAUCAGAAAUAAGUACAAUGUUCUCCUGAGAAAGAGUCAGACGGAUCUGGACAUAGCUCCUCUAAAGGCCAAGCUGUCAUGCCUGGUGGUGAAGUGCCAGCAGAGGAACAGUCUACUGGUGCAGUUGAUGCGAGCCCUGCGUCGGUAUGGCUGCCUGGACUACAAUCUGACCCAGGAGGCUGAGGACCUGCUUAAUGACACAGCACUGCAGGACUACGCCAGCACCUUCACUGCAGCUCUGCAGGAGAACACCCACCUUCUCCCACCUGCAGCCUCAGAACGACCGGAGUGCUCACAGACCUCUGCUGCAUCCUCCGCAGCACAGGAGCUGAGUAAAGCUGUGUCUGAAGGCAGUAGGAGGGAACACUUCAGAGUGGGUGUGGCCACAGCAGACUACUGCCCCUCUCCGAACAUGCCUCACACUCUACUGCCAAUGCUGCCCCUUUCUGCGGGUGAAUCAGUCCAAGUUACUGGACUUCCAGACAGACAUGGGAUGUACCAUGCCGAGGUGAAAGGGGAGACUGGCCUGGUCCCUGCCCGUUUCUUAGAGGAGAAUGGGAGACCACUCAUCCUGACUUCCCCCUCGCCAGAGAGAUGUGCCAGUCUGACUAGGAAGCUGACCAGUCCAGGGAAGAUAAUCAACCUUCACCAGCAGCUGCAGAACACUCUCUCCAACAGCUACCAGGUUUCCCCUUCCAAUACCAGCCCCCAGGUUUAUUCCAGUCCCCCUCCAGGACAGGGGUACUCCCCAGGAUACCCCAACCACAACCCUGCUGCCCCCAACCGACCAAAGCAUACCCUUGUAGCAACUACCCCUAUUAUUACUAGUACUAGUCUCCUAUCUGCCACUGCCCCCACUAAAACUACCAGUGAUGGUGCUACCUCUUCUAAGCAGACCCCAAACAGAGCACAUCCAACUACCAGCCCUCCUGUCUACACCACCACUACUGCCCUUAGCCGUGGUAAAGAACCCCUCUCUAAAACUGGCUCUGCUGCUGCUACCUCCAAUGUUACAACCCCUGUUAAUACCCCUCCUACCGCUGUGGCUCGGAUUGUUGAAGCACAAACUACCACUGCCUUGUGGAACACUGCCCCCACCAAAUCUGCCCCUCCACCUAUUACCGCUGGAACUACAGCCCCCACCAAAAUGGCCCCCAUCACUACUGCUCUUCCCCUUGCUGAGAUGUCACGACUGCCUGAUGAGGAUCAUUGCAUCAAGAAGCCCCUCUCCAACAUCCAGCCUGAACAAGCUAAACCACCCAAACCCAGAGCUAUACCAGAACCUCCAGCUGAGGUGAGCUCUGUUGAGGUCAUCAGGACAGUGGGACAGAGCAGCCUCAUGAUUGGUUGGGAGAGACCGCCACUGGAUGAGCUGGGCUGCAGCAACGGAACCUUUGUGUAUGGAUACAUGAUCUAUGUGGAAGGGGAGUUCCACAAGUCUGUCAUGAGCUCUGCAUGCACGAAGUGUAUUCUGGAGAAUCUAGAUCUGUCCGGCCCAGUCCACAUCAGUGUUCAGACCCUGGGCUCCAACGGUCUCUAUGCGGAGAAGGUCCACCUCAUCUACAGGGGAAAACACACCCAGUUUAGGACAGAUCACACCCGUGCUCCCUGCACAGACCCUGCCUACCGAGACUGCAGGACUCCGCCCACACACCGACACAAUGGCUCCACCCAACCACUUGUGGCCAUCUACAACUACAACCCUCUGAAGGACAGUCCUAACCUCCACCCCAGCAGAGAGCUGGCCCUGAGAGAGGGAGACACCGUCAUGCUGCUAGGCAACCCACGCAACGACGGCUUCUGUCAGGCCGAGGUGAAUGGCAGACGAGGUCUGGCUCCUGUGGCGUUACUAGAGGAAGUUCCUGUUCCAGACAGACAUGUAAGCCCCGCCCCUCCCCAAUCUUCUCCUGAGAGAGGAGCAGAUGAUAGGCCACUGUGCCUGCCAAUCAGAGAGAGAACAAGAUGGGCCGCUGUGACUGUCAAUCAGUGAGAGAACAAGAUGAUGGGCCACUGUGGCUGCCAAUCAAAGAAUGCUUACCUGCAGAGAGAUUAUAGUGGCCAGAGCUAAUGACAUCGUCAAACACUGCCUGCUUGUGACACAAACGUUCAUAACCGCUCGCUGCCCAAAGUAAUUUGAAAUGGAAGGCUACAGUAGAGCAUCAGCCUAAAUGUGGGAAGUUGUGUGGCCCAGUUUGACAUUGUGCUUCGAUGGACAGUUCCUUAUAGCCUACACAAUACUCACUGUGAUUGUCGAAUCACCUCUAACUGUCACCUCUAUCAAAAUUAUCUCUAAUCAAUUAUCUCUAAAUCCCCACUGUUCUGUGUGUAAUCUCUCAUGGACAGAUGCACGUAAUAUAGCUGGUAUUGUAGUGUCUGUCAACAGACUGUGGGAUGCGACGACUAUCAAGGAACUUGAUCAGUGAUUUUUCAUCACUGAUAAUUUUGGACAAAUCACGAUUUCGCAUCUUUCGAAUUUCGGAAGGGGAAGGGACAUUUGGCCCAUAGACUUGCCUGUAACUUGCAAAGGCGGGUGGAGCUACUGCCCUGCCUCCGCUGCUUGCUCGAGUCUCUUUUCAAACACAUCUUCCCCCAGAAAAGAAUUGAGUAUCUAACUCAAUUAUGCAAGAUUGUAAUUCUGGGUUUCCAAGAUUAUUCUGUAUGUGACAAGUGUCAAAAAGGUCAAAGGUUGGCCUAAUGGAUCUGACAACCUGUCUGAUAUCAAGUGCAUUCAUGGUAAUAAAGCUAAGCCAUUUUACAGGAUCCUUUAUCAAGCCAAAUAGGAUAAAAAGAGGUCCAUACCAAAGACUUUGAUAUUUCAGUCCUUUGUCGUUAUACACUGAACAAAAAUAUAAAUGCAAAAUGUAAAGUGUUGGUCCCAUGUUUCAUGAGUUGAAAUGAAAGAUCCCGGAAAUGUUCCAUUCACAUAAAAAAAUCAUAUCUCUCUAAUUUGGUGCAGAAAUUUGUUUUACAUCCCUGUUAGUGAGCAUUUCUCUUUUGGCAAGAUAAUCCAUCCACCUGGCAGGUGUGGCAUAUCAAGAAGAUGAUUAAA